AUGGCCCAAGGAAUUGAACCUAAGCAGACUAGAGAGUAUGACAGAGGAAGGUCCAAGCCAACUGAAAGAGGUUAUCGACCUCGAACCUGGUUCACAAAUCGAGAUGGAAAACACAGCAACAACGACGAUACACGCAGCCUGUAUUCAAAGCCACCUUGCGCAGUAUGUGGUGGCAAUCAUGGGGUUUGGUCCUAUAAAUUAUUUUCUGGCUUGAGUGUGCCAGAUCGUUGGGGAGUCGCAAAGGAAAAACAUUUAUGUUUUCGAUGUCUUGCAAGUAAUCAUGUCGGUAAGGACUGCACCAGGUCAAAGCCAUGCGCAGUGCAAGGGUGCAAAAGAAGCCAUCACAACUUGUUGCAUGUAGUUGUACCGAAGGAGAAGGAAGAAGGCGCGGAGUCACCGUUGACACGGGAGGGGGCAGAGACACGGACACACACUUCAAGAAAUAAGAGUGUGUCAACUGCUGAAGUUUUGUCGCUUCGUACCAUUCCAGGAUGGUUAAAAGCAAAUGGUCGGAAAGUUAAAGUCAACGCUAUUCUGGAUGAUGCUUCCAAUGAAACAUUUCUAAAUGAACAAGUUGCUGGAGUGUUAGGGCUACAAGAGCCGUACAAGACAGUUAAAUUUCAUGUGUUGAACAAUGAGGUUGAAACAGCAAGUUUAUACAUGCCCAUAGCAUUAUAAACUUAAGUUAAUGAAACAAGCGUUAGGACAAGAGUAAAGUUGUGCAAAGUCUCCUGGAGUACAAAGGUCUGGUACAAAGGUCAAUCUGUGAAUCAUGUGAUCAUACACGUGCAAAGCGCAAGGCUGAAUUAACAACAAAUUAUUGUCAAAUCUCUUCCCAUGCAUGUGCAGGAAAAUAGACCAAUCAGGUUUCACCUCUUCGUCUGAAUAGUUUCCUGCUUGGAUCAGUAAGCCUCAUUGUGUCACUUGCAAGCAAAAUUGUAUGACCUCUGCGGCAAAGUACUUCGAAAUUAUACUUUUGGAAAAGAUAUAUCGUGGAUAUAAAACAACGGUCAGUAACACAGUAUUAUUCAGUGAUACGCAGUUUAUUCAAAUAUAGCUCUGCUGCGGGCAAGCACUUUUACUCUUCUGGUGGACAAAGGAAUACGUUGGCUCAAGUAUUGACGUAUAUGAAAUUCAGUGAGACGCAGUUUAUCAGUAAAAUAUAACUCUGCCGCGGGCAACCGUUUUUACUCUUUUGGUGGACAAAGGAAUACCUUGGCUGAUGUAUUGAUGUAUGAUUCAGAGAGACGAUGUUUAUUCAAAUAUAACUCGGCAGGCGCUUUUACUCUUCUGGUGGACAAAGGAAUACGUUGGCUCAAGUAUCGAUGUGUGAUUCAGUGAGACGCAGUCUAUUCAAGUAUAACUCUACCGUGGUCAAGCGCUUUUACCCUCCUGGUGGACAAAGGAAUACGUUGGCUCAACCGAUGAAGUUAAAUGAAACCGCCGCUGGGGGAAUUAUAACAAGAUCGAGAGGCUAAACACGAAUUCAACAAGCGUCAUUUGAUAUCAUUCGUAUAUCAAUGUAUUUAUGUAUGCACAUGCAUUUGGUGCGUAAGUAUGCGGUGAAUUCACACGUUUGCUUCGUAUUUCGCUUUUCAAACCAAUCAAAAUGCUUUAACUUCAUUUAUUUUAUCACAGAAUUCGGGUAUAGUAAUUGUCGAACGCCAAAUGUAUCGACCAUUCACGCUAAUCGAUCUGUAUUUCAAUGUCAAUUUUAUUACCAUCUUGAGGUUAUUAACCGGCCAGAUUGGGCCUCUGAUUCGGGAAUUGGGUUUCAAUAAAGUGUCACAUUAAACUGUAUUCAAUCAUUCAAAAGUAGAUUAUAUAAAACUUCCUUUCUAGCUAUUUCAAGGCACUCUUUAAUAAAACAAACACUUAAUUAUUUGGCCCGUAUACAUUAUCAAUACUUUACUGGGCACAACAUAGGAAAUCAAGUUCAUGUGUGAGAGAAAUUUUAGUCUGCUCGCAUAUCCUUCCACCACGGGGGGGAUUAGGGACAGUCUGUGCGCAGACUAGAGAAAUUUAGGAUCUACUUUAUCUACAUUUGUGAUAAAUCGGCAAGUUGGAUGUCAUGAAAGAUUGAUAUAUACGUACAGUGUAUGGUAUGUCGCUACUCAUGAAAAUUCAUUUUAGUGUCUUAUCACUAUACUGCAUGAUCUUUAGUCUACCAAAUACAUAUUCUUACAAUUUCUGCUAUCUCAUGCAUGCAUGAUUGCAUGUUCAAUCACAAAACUGUGGUUUAAUAUAAACACCUGAAUUGCAUUUUGAAUUUUUGAUCCUGCUAUUUUAAAAUAUUGAACAAGCUAUUUUUCUGAGAUUAAAGAGUCACAUACAUAAUUCGAGAAUUAUAUUGUGUCAAGUUCCACCAAUCAUAAUUCAAAUAAAAUAAGUGGAGUUAACAAAUACAUGUUGCAAAAUUGUCAACGAGCACAUUGACAUUAAAAAUAAAUAAAUCGUAAAAAAAAAAAAAAAAAAAUGAUGGUGAGCUUUGUUUGUCGUGAUACCAACCCUCCAAUCACGCACUUGUAAGAUAGAAGCUUUGUGGGGAAGCUGCUGGUUGUCUUGGCCCCAUCCAGGUUCCCUGUAAAGAUAUUGCAGGUUUUUCCUGGCCUCCCUGAUGUUCCAGCUGUAGUAUGAGUGAUGGUAAUACUCAAAUAUAUGUCUUACGAUCAAAUGUGUAGUUUUAAAGAAAAAAUUGCAUAUAACAUGAUUUUAAUCAAUUAAUUAUUUAAAGUGUGUCGAAAGAGAAAUAUAGACGAUAUGUCUUCGAAAAGCACAAAGAUCAUCUGUCAGAAGCUGUCUUCUAUACGAUUACAGUUGUGGUGGGAGUUGGGUUUUUUCGUCUAUGGGGAAUACACAUGCUGUGUAUUUGUGGGGAUGGAGUGCUCCCAAAGGUCACCCUCAACCCCAUAGACUCACACAAAUCAAUGUAUUAUACAGUGUAUU